AUGCCCGUGUUACUUUUCCUGAUAGACAGGUCCGCUUCAAUGAACCAGCGCCCCCACCUGGGCACUACCUAUCUGGACAUAGCAAAAGGCGCUGUUGAGACUUUCAUGAAGCUUAGAGGCAGAGAUCCGGAUAGCGGAGGGGACUGGUACAUGUUGAUAAAUCUUGAAGACGUUCCCCUCGGAAUAAAGGCUGGAUGGAAAGAGAGCCAUGCCACAUUCAUGACAGAGUUGAGGAACCUUCAAGCAGCAGGACUCUCAACUAUUGGCCAGUCUUUGAGGACCGCCUUUGAUUUGUUCAAUCUCAGUAGAUUAGUGUCUGGGAUAGACAACUAUGGACAGUCUUACAAGCACCACACUCCUCCUGUACAUUGUCCCCCCCCCCUCCCUUUGAGUGAAAAGUGA